AUGGCCACGGGCACCCGGAGCAUCGAGAAGGAUAUUAAAAACAAGUACGUCGAGCAAGCGAUGAGCAUCGUCGUUGACAGCAUCGAGAAGAAGAUGGACGAUAUGUUUGAUCGGAUGGCCUCUACCAACACGGAGACUAGCCUGGAAGACUUCAGCCGCAUAGACCACAUGAUUGCACAGCGGUGCGGUGGAGUAUCUGCUGCUGAACCUGACCUCGGGAAGCUCUCCGAGAAGCCAUCCGCGGAGCUUCCGCCUGCUCCGGAGCUUCUGGACUUGCCCGGGAACGGCUCCGACGGCGCAGCCGAGGAGGAUAAGGAGGAGGGUUUCAAGAUGGAGACCGGCGAGCCUCCGCCGGUUUCGGAGUUCGCGGGACUGCCC